AUGACUGGACAAUCUACAAGACGAUGGCUUCAGCUAUCUUUCCUUCUCAUGGCUGGCACCGCUUCAGCAGGAUCCCUCAAGCUAUCCGACUUUGAGUCGAUAAGCGACAAGUCUUUCCCAUCAAACUGUAUUGCAGCAUACGAUACGCCACUCGCAGACUGUACCCCCAACGACUUCACUGGUGGCAAGGCAUGCAGUGCUGCCUGCAAGGACUCAGUUCAACAAACUCAGGGCUUCAUCAUGGCUUCAUGUGGUGACGUCUCAGCCGACUCCGAAUCUCUUCUUAGCCGCGGCCAGAAGGGCAACCUCGUUGCUGUUCUCUGCCGAGAUGUCGAUGAGCCCCAAUCCCAGUCUGAAGCUCAAUCAGAGGCCAAGUCUGAGCCUCAACCUGUGUCUGAGCCCGAAACUCAAGCUCCAGCCACAACGACAACAGGAUCUGCGUCUGCUACCAAGGUCCACAAGAACAUACUUAUCGAGACGAGUGUUUCUUCCUCGUCUACAAAAGAGAGUCUGAACGGAGACCCCUUGUCCGACGUGGACGAAGACCUCGCUACCAAGAGCACUGUUCUCGCCAUCGACACUGAACAGCCCACGGGCUCUCUGCCUCUUCCCCAAGCUCCUAGCCAGAUGGUCACCUCGAUGACCAGAUCGAGUGCUCCUAGCCAGACAGCCGAGGCAGCCAACGAGGAGCCAACUCCUACGCCCACAACCGCGGGCGGAGCUGUCCACGCUCCCAGCUUCAACUUUAUGUGUGCAUCUUUCGCCGUGUCCGCACUCAUGUACAUGGUCGUCAACUAA